AUGGUUUGGAAACCUAACGGUGCAACUAAAAAGCAGGUUGAUCAGUAUACACAAAACAGCUAUGAGGAUAAUAGGGAGGAAAGAAUACAGGCCCAUACAGAGCCUUAUUACUGUGAUGCUGCUUUUGACUACUGGGGGAAAGGAACGUCAGUCACAGUGACAUCUGCUCAGCAAUCAGCACCACAGUAUGUCUUUGGCCUGUCUGAAUGUGGUUCCGGUUCUGAUGGUUUCCUGACUGUCGGCUGCAUUGCAAAAGGUUUCUCUCCCGCGGACUCGCUCACAUUUAAAUGGACAGAUCCUAAAGGACAACCGGUGAAUGAUUUUGUACAGUAUCCAACAAUCGGACCGGAGGGAGAUUAUACCAAAAUCAGCCAUCUGCGUGUGAAGAAAAGCGACUUUACUCCUGAUAAACCUUACAAAUGCGAAGCCAAAAAUUCUGUCAACAAAAAGGAAGCAGAUGUUGCUCCAAUUGUAAAAUGCAAUCCCAUGGAGGUCACCAUAAAGCAUGGCAGAUUCCAAUGUUCUGAACCCAAAGGAAAGUAUUCAUAUGACUCUGAAUGUGUAUUCACAUGUGACACGGGUUAUGAACUGGAGGGGUCCAAUAAGAGAAAAUGCACUGCUACCAAACAAUGGACCGGCACACCACCGACCUGUGAACGUGUAAAAUGCCAUCCGGAGGAGGUCAUCACUUUACAUCAUGGCAAGGUCCAAUGUUCUAAACCCAAUGGAAUGUUUUCAUAUGACUCUGAAUGUAAAUACUCAUGUGAGGAGGGUUAUGAACUGAAGGGGUCCAAUACGAGAAAAUGCACUGCUGCCAAACAAUGGACCGGCACACCACCGACCUGUAAACUUGUUCAAUGUUCAAAGCUGACCACACCAAACAAUGGGGAAAUGAAGUGUUACGAUUGCAAUGGCGAAUUUAGCUACAAAUCCACCUGUGAGUUUGCUUGUAAAGAAGGAUACACGUUACGAACAUCCAGCUCCUCUACACUGCUUUGUGAAGCCACAGGACAAUGGAAUAAUAGACAACCCAGCUGUGAAGUUAUAAAAUGCAAACAAGAGGACAUCCCCACCCCAGAUCAUGGCAGGGUCCAAUGUUCUGAACCCAAUGGAAAGUAUUCAUAUGACUCUGUAUGUGAAUACUCAUGUGAGACGGGUUAUGAACUGAAGGGGUCCAAUACGACAAAAUGCACUGCUACCACAAAAUGGACCAGCAAACCACCAACCUGUCAAUUUGUAAAAUGCAAUUCCGAGGAGGUCACCACUUUACAUGAUGGCAGGGUCCAUUGUUCUGAACCCAAUGGAAAGUAUUCAUAUGACUCUGUAUGUGAAUACUCAUGUGAGGAGGGUUAUGAACUGAAGGGGUCCAAUACAACAAAAUGCACUGCUACCAAAGAAUGGACCAGCAAACCACCAACCUGUGAACAGCCAGAUCAGCGUGCAUCUGUGUACUUAACAACUCCUACAAAUGAAGAAUUAGAAAGUGGAACAGCUACUUUCAUCUGUGUAGCCAAGCACUUUUUCCCAGAAAAGCACUCAUUUAAGUGGUUUCAUGAUGAUGUGGAGGUGAAAGGUGAAGGAAAAAGUGAUGAAUGUGUAGGUAAGAAGAAAACGAAUGUGACUCUAUUUACCGCCACAAGCAUUUUGCAAUUAAAAGCUGACCGUUGGACCAAGCCUGGACACAACAUUAAGUGCGUGUUCGAGCACAAGGCUGGAGAUGAACCAAAAGAAAUGAUCAGCACAGAUUCUUCUACAGAUUCAUGUAUUUCUGCUCAUUUCAUCGCUCCAUCCUGGGAGGACAUGUUGAAAAACAAAAGUGGAUCUCUGACAUGCAGAGCUUCAGGAGAAAGUGGCUUCAAAAAAAUGGAAAUUCAAAUGAAAGAAUCAGGACGUAUCAUCAGUUCUGCUGAAGACAUUGCAAAAAACAAAACUGUUGAAAUUGAGGCCACUAUAGGAUUUGAAGAAUGGAGCAAUGGAACAGAAUUUUUGUGUAUCACUGAACACGAAUCUUUAGGAGAGCCCAAAGAGAUUGUGUAUGUCAGAGAAAACGGUGCACAUCCGUACACAAGACCCUCUGUUUACAUAUUAGCACCCCCAGAGCAGAAAGCGAAUGAAAGUGUGACCCUGACAUGUUAUGUGAAGGACUUCUACCCCAUGGAGGUGUUUGUAUCUUGGCUUGCUGAUGAUGAAUCUGUUUUUGAGUACAUGGCAAAAAACACUAGCAUGCCAAUACUGAACGAUAAAACCUAUAGUGUCUAUAGUCAGCUCACACUUGACUCAUCCAAGUGGAAAGAUGGUACAGUGUAUAGUUGUGUAGUCUACCAUGAAAGCAUUGAUGAGACUUUGAAAGUAUUGACAAGAUCUAUUUCCAAUAAUUCGGAUAAACCCAGUAUAUUUAAUCUAAGUAUGAAUAUUCCUGCAAUCUGCAAGGGUUAGACCAUAAUAUAAAUGUUGUGUCUGCCUGCAUGUUAUGCCUGUUACAUGUUUAUCCUAAUUUUUUUCUUUUUUCUUUUUUUGAAAGAUUUUUGUUUUGAAUGUCAUGUCCAUAUGUGUAAGUGUCUGUGUCAUUAAUGUUUGUAGCCUCUUGCUUUUUAAAACAUUGUUAUCAGAUUGGCAGAAAAAAGUUAAUAAAAAACCUAAGCAUAUGGCCUGUU